AUGGAGGUGGCGUUCCUGGCGCCAAUUGGCAAUGCAGCGCAGGCCGUCUCCGUACCAAAGCAGACCAUGCAGCUUCCAGGAGGACAGCAGCCAGCCGCUGGCUUCGGAGUUAAGAUGGCAGCAGUUGCUUCGUGCACAGCAGCGGCUGUCGGCUUGGCUUCCAGCCGGAAGCGCUCAAAGACCGCGGCUCGCUACACCACGCAGACGAUCUUGCCCUCCCUCGCCUGGAUCAAGACGGGCGUGAAGGCUUCCGAGCUGCAGCCCAAGCAGCUGAAGGCCCUGACGCUGGCCGGCAACGACGUGUUGAUCGGCAAGACGGAGGCUGGGGCGCUCUUCUGCGUCGGCAACUUGUGCCCGCACAUCGGUACGCCCAUGAGCGAGGGCGCCGAUGUGAUCGGCGACGUCAUCGUCUGCCCUUUGCAUGGCUCCUCCUUCAAAGUGACCACGGGUGAGCUCCUGGAUUGGUGCGUCUCCCCACCUGUCAUUGGCCCCUUGACUGGACUGAUCGUGGAGAAGAAGAACCUCCUGGUCUUCGAGGUGCGCCAGGGUGGCUUGCUGGGAACCGGCGAUGUCGAGGUGCUCGUGGACACCAAUGCCAAGAAGGCCUACGAGGCCUGGUACUGGAAGGGCCUCCUGGAUGCCCAGGGCAAGGACGACGGCACGUACUACUGA